AUGUCACAUGGUCUGGAUUAUCCAAGAGCCCCCCGUUAUCAGUCCUUGGAUAGAGGUGGUCUGGUUGAUCAUCAUGAUCGUGAGUUCAUACCCAUACGUGAGCCCAGAGAUCGUUCGCGAGAUCGAUCACUGGAGCGAGGUUUAUAUCUGGAAGAUGAACUCUAUGGGCGUUCGGCAAGGCAGAGUCCUAAUCCGUUGGGUUUUAACUCGGGCAUACCGCCAACGGAUCGAGCGUAUUUGGGCGAUUUACAACAUCAGAAUACAGAUCUGCAGAGAGAGCUGGGUCAACUUAAACGCGAAUUGGAGUUGACAAAUCAAAAACUCGGUAGUUCCAUGCACAGUAUUAAGACUUUUUGGUCACCCGAACUGAAAAAGGAACGAGCCCUCCGCAAAGAAGAAAGCGCGAAGUACAGUUUGAUCAAUGACCAGCUGAAAUUGCUAAGCACAGAAAAUCAGAAACAAGCAAUGUUGGUGCGUCAAUUAGAAGAGGAGCUGCGUGCUCGUAUGCGCCAACCGAACAUUGAGAUGCAGCAACAAAUCGAGGCGGUCUACGCGGAAAAUGAUCAUUUGCAGCGUGAAAUUAGCAUUUUGCGAGAGACAAUCAAAGAUUUGGAGUGUCGUGUCGAAACACAAAAACAAACUUUGAUUGCACGCGACGAAAGCAUUAAGAAAUUAUUGGAAAUGUUGCAGGCCAAGGGCAUGGGUAAAGAAGAAGAACGUCAAAUGUUCCAACAAAUGCAAGCAAUGGCCCAAAAACAGGUAAUUAUUUUGCAAUGUUUUUUUCUUUACAUUUUUGUUCCGAUCGAAAGACACAAAAUAUUAUUU